AGAGGUAAGAAGAUGCAAAACAUCAUUCUUGGCUCAUGGAACAAGAAGCCUGUAUGGAUCUAUGGGCAUAGGCUAUAGUAAGACAAUGAGUCAAAGAGAUAGAAGUGUGCUCUAUAAAAUAAGCAUCUUGAAACACUGGAAAAGGUGAUGUUAAGUUUCUAUGAAUUGUCAUUGCAAGCACACAGGAAAGUCUAUGGCCUUUGGCAAUGAUUUCAACUAUGGUUAUGUGGACUUUGAUGUCAUUGUUUGUUGAGACAGAAAAGACACAGAAGUACAUUAUAGGCUGAGGUUUGAGACCAUCUGGGCUGGUAGAUUUGAAGUGGAUUAGAGGUAGGAAAGUUUCAUCUACAGGAGAAUUCACAGGUCCCAAUAAGUAAAAUGCAGAAAAUACAUGGCUACUUGGCCAUGGAAAAGACAAUUACCAUGUUGAAAUGGCUCAAAGAGCCCCACUCCAAGGUAAGGAAGGUACAAGAGUGUAUGCCAUCCAAACCUUGACAUCAAAUGGGAAAUACCUGCUGUGAGAGGGGAGAGGUCGGACAGGGAGGAGCUGAGUGAAAGACGCUCCACUCAUCCCAAAUUUACAAGAUGAGAAAGGAGCAGAUGCCCCUCUUGAUCCAAAUCUACAGUGUGUAAGUUUUUAGAUGUGAAAUCAGAUUUAUAUAAAAUAUAUGUGGUUUCAAAAAGUGCGAUACAGACAAUAAGGGAAAAUGGGAUUCAUGAAGGAAAUACAUUCAUUCCUUUCCUUUCUACACCAGAGAAAUUUGAGAUGACAAGUUUAGAAACCAGACUUUGAAGUGGUAGACUGUUAUGUUUUCUCAGAAGCUGACAGACACAGCAGAGGACCCAAAACGCUCCAGGAUGAUGUUGAGUCCCAACCAGACAAUGGUGACAGAGUUUGUUCUGGAAGGCUUCUCAGAGCACCCCAGUCUAAGGCUGUUCCUGAUAGGCUGCUUCCUGUCCCUCUACACAAUGGCUCUUACAGGCAACAUAGUGAUCAUUGCUUUGGUCACCUCCAGCACUGGGCUCCACAGCCCCAUGUACUUUUUCCUGUGCAACCUGGCCACCAUGGAUAUUAUCUGCACCUCCUCUGUGCUGCCCAAGGCCCUGCUUGGCCUAGUCUCUGAAGAAAACACCAUCUCCUUCAAGGGAUGCAUGGCCCAGCUCUUCUUCCUUGUGUGGUCUGCAUCCUCUGAGCUGCUGCUUCUCACUGUCAUGGCCUAUGACCGCUAUGUGGCCAUCUGCUAUCCCCUGCAUUACAGCUCCAGGAUGAGCCCACAGCUGUGUGGGGCCCUGGCCAUUGGCGUGUGGUCCAUCUGUGCUCUGAAUUCAUCUGUCCACACUGGUCUGAUGACACGGCUGUCAUUCUGUGGCCCCAAGGUCAUCACCCACUUCUUCUGUGAAAUCCCCCCACUCCUCCUGCUCUCCUGCAGCCCAACAUAUGUGAAUAGCGUUAUGACUCUUGUGGCAGAUGCCUUUUAUGGAGGUAUCAACUUCGCGCUCACCUUGCUGUCCUAUGGCUACAUCAUCGCCAGCAUCCUGCGCAUGCGCUCUGCUGAGGGCAAGAGGAAGGCCUUUUCUACCUGCUCCUCCCACCUCAUCGUGGUCUGUGUGUACUACUCCUCUGUGUUCUGUGCCUACAUCAGUCCUGCUUCCAGCUACAGCCCAGAAAGAAGCAAAAUGGCUUCAGUGCUGUACUCGGUCCUCAGCCCGACCCUGAACCCCCUCAUCUAUACACUGAGGAAUAAGGAUGUCAAGCUCGCCCUGGGCAGACUCUUGCCCUCUUUCUCACAUUAGGUGGAGAUGUUCAGGCUGUUGUAGCUUGGGCUGCUUCUAAACAUGCUUUCUGGAGAGCAGCCUCAUGCAGUGGAAGUGUACCUAUUGCUGCUUUAGAAAACCUUUCUCUGCUGCAAGGAGUGCACAAUUACACUUUCUGUAACCUCAAAAGCAACACAAUUCUUUAGAAGUAAUGUAUACCAAAACUCAGAAACAUUUUCUUCCUGACUAGUAGAAACCAUUUCAACAGUAAAGUUUAUCUAAAUGGAGAUUCUGCACACCUCAACUGGAAGAUUUUCAGUCCAUGACAAUGGCGAUAGUCAUGAAACAAAGUGCUUUUAUCCAGUGCCUCCCUGUAGACAUCAAAGGACCUUGUUUCAGAACUUAAAUAUAAACUUCAUAAGGAGACUUGAGGAGACAGAAUGGACACAGAAUCUUGAGAAGACAAAAGUGGAGUAACUUGCGCGUCCACUUCACAGCUUCCUACUGAGCUGUGGAAGUCAAAGCUGGAAUGGAGAAAGAUGUAAUCUAUGGAACAGAGAUUCUUUCAUGUUUCAAAGAUGAAUUCACACAUGAGAGUCCAGCUUGCUUAUGAAAAUGAUGAUAAUUGAA